AGCUGAGCACUCUGCCUGUGAUUAGAUUGCUGGUUUUUGCGGUUUUGCGGUGUAGUGGCUGAUAAUAUUUUGAGAAAUUCACAAAACUGAACGAUUUGCUAUAAAACCAACUAUAUUAACAAAACAUGGCUUUCAUUGAUCUCUCCGGUGACGGAGGUGUUCAGAAGCAGAUCCUGGUAGAAGGAUCUGGCGAUGAAACUCCUUUCAACGGUUGCUCCGUUGCAUUACAUUACACUGGAACGCUGGACUCGGAUGGAAAACAGUUCGACUCUAGUAGAGACAGAAACGAACCGUUCGAAUUCAAGCUCGGACAGGGAUCCGUAAUCAAAGCGUUUGAUAUGGGAGUGGCUACAAUGAAGCUAGGCGAAAAAUGCAUUCUGAAAUGUGCUCCGGAUUAUGCAUACGGAGCCUCCGGUAGCCCUCCAAACAUUCCUCCUAAUUCAACGUUAAAUUUUGAAUUGGAAAUGCUCGGAUGGAAAGGAGAAGAUUUGAGUCCCCAGUCGGACAGGGGCAUUGAACGGUUUAUUUUAAAGCUAGGUGAAGGCAAGAAAACUCCUAAUGAUGGUGCCUUCGUCAAAAUUCAUUUAGUUGGCCGUUACGAAGGGAAAACUUUUGAGGAGCGUGAUGUCGAGUUUACGAUUGGUGAGGGCGAAGAAGCUGGCGUCGUUUCCGGUGUUGAAAUUGCGCUGGAGAAAUUCAAAAAAGCAGAAUCUUCCAAACUAAUUCUUGACCCCAGAUUUGCCUUUGGGGCGCAAGGCAAUGAAGAACUUGGUGUACCUCCUAAUGCCACCGUCGAAUAUGUGGUAACUUUGAAAGAAUUCGAGCGAGAACCAGACAGUUGGAAAUUAGACGAUGCUGAACGAAUGGAACAAGCUAAGCUGUUUAAAGAAAAGGGUACUGAUUACUUCAAAGAAAGUAAAUUUAAACUUGCCCUGAAAAUGUACGAGAAAUCAUUGAGUUUCUUGUCCAGCUGUGAUUCGCAAGAAUCUAAGCAAUUCCAGUUGGCCGUUUAUCUAAAUAAAGCUUUAUGCCAUCAGAAGUUGAACGACCAUGACGAAGCAAAAAGUGCAUGUAAUGAAGCUUUGAACAUCGACAGUAAAAAUGUGAAGGCAUUAUACCGUCGUGGACAAUCAAAGCUCGCUUUGGGAGAUUUUGAAAAAGCAUUCGACGAUUUCAAUUUAGUUCGAGAGAUUGAGCCAGAGAACAAAGCUGCUCUCAAUCAAGUUACGAUUUGCAAGCAGAAAAUUAAGGAUUAUAACGAGCAACAGAAAAAAGUGUUUGCCAACAUGUUUACCAAGUUUGCCAAAAGCGAUAAACAGCGGGAAGAAGAGGAACAAAGCAGACAACCCGAUGUAAUGAAAGCAAACUUUGGCGAGUGGAGAGAUGACGAACGCGAACACGAGCCUACCCGUUUCGAGCAGGAAAAUCCGGAUGUUAUCAUGCUGAAUGAAUCAUUGAAGGAUUUUAGAAAUAUGUAAAACGAAACAGCAAAUAUUUCAUUUGUUUGGUUGUCGCAAUCAGUUUCUUUGUACUAACAUCGUUUUUGACAAACAAACAGUAUAUUCUAGUG